AUGCACUUUUCCAACCUCCUCGGUAUCUUCUCCCUAGCAGCCGCGGCGGCCGCCACAACUGUCUCCUACGACACCGGCUAUGACGAUCCUAAUCGGUCCCUGGAAGUCGUGAGCUGCUCCGACGGGGCAAACGGCCUGAUGACCAAGUACGGUUGGCAAAAGCAGAGCAACAUCACCCGCUUCCCAUUCAUCGGCGGGGUUGAGGCCGUGGCCUCGUGGAACUCUCCAAGCUGCGGAACUUGCUGGUCGGCCACUUACAAUGGCAGGACCAUCUACGUUCUCGCCAUCGACCAUGCUGCGGCCGGCUUGAACAUUGCCUUGGACGCUAUGAACAACUUGACAAAUGGUCAGGCUGUGAGCCUCGGCAGGGUUGAUGCUGUGGUUUCCCAGGUUGACCUGAAAGACUGUGGAUUGUAA